AUGGACUUUGCUUAUAACGAUGUUGACAGCUCUGAAGAACAUGUCGGGGUUAGUUUCACACUGAAAACUUUGAAUCGUAAAUUGAAAUUUCAGCCAUUAUUCGACUCCGAAAACUUUUUGGACAUCGAAGAAAAUCCUGAUCUUUCCCUUCAGUUGCUCAUAAAUUGUGUAUAUGUUUGCACUUGUACAAUUCUGCAUGACCGAAAAUUGAUUCCAGAGAAAAGUUUCCGUUCUUUCAAAGUAUAUGGUAUGUUGAUAGAUAUAGAGAGAAAAUAAACAUGUGAAAAAAUAAUUAGAUGAUGUCAAUGGAUAUUUGGUCGACGAAUCGGAUCGAAAUGGACUGUUCGUUUCUCAAAAGUAUGCUUUGGCAAGUCAAGAAAUUUUCAAAAAGAAACUAUCUGUAAGUUAUUAAAUAUCAUAGUGAUUAUAUGUAUAUCAUCUCCAACGAUUUAUUGUUUUUAGAAAUUCGCGUUAGUCGUACAAACGGACGAAUAUUCUUCCCCAAUUGAGGCAUUUGUUUGGAGUUUUGAUUAUAACAAUCCAGAAAGAACAACUGUUCGACUUGGUUUGAACGGGUCAGACAAAAAUUAUGUCGUUUUUUAUCAUAAUGUUGUUUUAAUUUUCAGAUUAGAAUCUACCAAGUUUUCUAUAAAUUACAAAAAUAUGCGAGAUUCGUGUCGACAAUUCUGUAAAAUGUUUUGUAAUCUUCGCGAAAUCUUGGAUGAUUUAGCUCCACUUCCAGAACGUACUUUCCCAUCAUUCCGAUUGGCACACUUCGGAGGUAUUCAAACAAAUUAUUCAGUUUAUUCCACAUCUCGGCUAAAAUCGUGUUUUCCAAAAUAGAAAAUUGUACGCUAACUUUUUACAGUAUGAAAAUGGUGAAAAUUUCAGUUUUUGACCCCUAACAAUUCUGAAUUCGUCAGUUUUUGACCUCUAAAAACUGAAAUUCAGAUUUUUUUCAAAACUGUACUCUGGCCAGCCACGGAUUGGGCGAGGUGUGGUUUAUUCCUGCAAAUCUAUUGUUUUAUUUUCAGAUAUAAGACAUCUUGAUGGAUAUGAUAGUAUCAAUGAAUUUGUGCAUUUGGAUCAGUUUCUAGUUGGAAUGACAAGACUUCCAAGAGAACAGUGAGUAAAUUUGGUUUUUCAAAAGGAAUAUAAUUGUUCUUUGCAGUAUGACAAUGACAUAUGGUUCAACUUUUGCGAAUGAACAACAUAUAGAGAAAUCAACGAUGACUAUGGGAAAUACAGAAUUUUCCGAAAUUCAAUCAACAUUUGAACAAACUAGACAGGAAUCAUUCGCAAACGAACAACGUUCAAAUAUUUCUGAAAAAUCAACUGAAGACAGUUUGUUAUCAGUUCCUCCAGAGAAUAUGUUUGAUAUUCAAAGAUCUACUGUUGAAUUGAGUAAGUUAACAAAUAUUUUUAGAUUUUCAGCUUACAUUCAAAAAUAAUUUUUCCAGUUCCAACUGAAUGUGUGGACGAUUGUUCAAAUACUGAUAAUACGAGUCCUAUUUCUGAUGGAUUUUCGACGUAUUGUGAACCAGCUACGGAAUAUAUUCAGGAAUCUGUUGAAAGAACUGAAAAAUCAGAAAAUAAAAAAAUGAUUGUUGAAAAAUCUCCAAUAGAAGAUGUCUAUGAAAUGCCAACACAUGAAGAUGAUGUUUUCAAAAAGCCGAAAAGGGUGAGUUGAAUUGUUUUUUUAUGUUAGGCACAAGUUUACAUGGCAAAAAGUUUCAGGCAUCUCGACGUUUGACAGUUCCAAAAGAAGUUACUUUUGCCGAAAACGUUGUUUCGCCAAUUAAAAAACAAACUCAUGCAGUUACACACUAUGGAAGAGUUCGAAGCCUGCUCAAUAUUGAAAAAGUUGAGAAACCUAGAAUGUUUGGAAGAGUAAGAUCAUUGAAAGAACUUGAUCAACCUAAAGAAAAAUCGAAAAAACGACACGCGGCUACCGCCCCAAUCUUGUAA